AUGACGACGUCACGACACGCCGGGAGAGCGUUGCUGCGCGCGCUGCGCUCCCCCGCGGCGUCCUCAUCGCGCGCGGGCGGUGCGACGACGACCGCCAACGUCGGCGCCCCUCGGCAUCCGACGAAGGCGUGGGAUGCCGACCCGUCGCGGGCCGCCGUCGCCUUCCGCGGCAUCACCACCAAGUCCCCGCUCGAAGCGGAGCUCGAGCAGCAGCGCGCGGUGGAAGAGAUGGAGCGCGCGCAGCGCGAGAUGCGCGAGGAGGCGGCGCGGAUAGCCUCCGGGCGCGGCGCCACGCACUCGAUGUCGUCCUCCUCGGCACCCUCUCAACAGCCAUCCCCCUCGUCGCCGCCCAAACCGAAGCCCGCUCCGCCCAUGUUCGGCGCGCCCCUCGGCGGAUCCGUCGCCCGCACCCCGUCCACGCCCGUCACCGAGAAGCCCCAGCCCAAGCGCACGGUGGUCAAGGCGCCGACGCUCGGCAUCGCGAUGCACUCCGACGGCCGAGUCGGCCCCGCGGGCAAUCGAAACCUCAUGCCGGAGCCGCCCCCGGAGACCGCCGACACGUCGCAAUCGCACCUGAAGGACAUGCUCGCCGACGGCAGCUUCGAGCGGUACGGCGUCGGCGGCCUCGACGCCGAGUUCCUCACCAUCUUUCGUCGCGUGUUCGCCUCGCGGAUGGUCCCUCCGGAGAUGGUCAAGCGUCUGGGCAUGCGACACGUCAAGGGCAUGCUACUGUACGGUCCUCCGGGCACGGGCAAGACCCUGGUGGCCAGGCAGCUGGGCAAGCUGCUCAACGCGCACCCGCCGAAGAUCGUCAACGGGCCGGAGAUCUUACAGCGGUUCGUGGGCCAGUCCGAGGAGAACAUGCGGGAGCUUUUCGCCCCCGCCGAGAAGGAGUGGAAGGGCAAAGCGGAAAAGUCCAAGUUACACGUGAUCAUAUUCGACGAGAUCGACGCCAUCAUGAAGGCGCGCGGCAGCGGCGGCGCGACCGCGUCCGUGGUCCACGACAACGUCGUGAACCAGCUGCUCACGAAGCUCGACGGCAUGCAGUCGCUGGACAACGUGCUGGUCGUGGGCAUCACCAACCGGAGAGAUCUGCUCGACCCGGCGGUGCUGCGGCCGGGUCGACUGGAGCUUCAGGUGGAGGUUGGGCUUCCCGAUCGGAAGGGACGGACGCAGAUAUUCAACAUACACACCGCGCGGAUGCGCGCGGAGGGGCUGCUCGCGACCGACGUGGACAUCGAUACGUUAGCGGAGGUGACGGGCAACUAUUCCGGAGCCGAGAUUAAAGGGCUGGUGGGCGCCGCGCAAUCGCACGCGCUGGCCAGGUACCUCAAGGACGCCGACGACGUCGGCGGCGACGCGACCUCUGCUUCUCCUUCUACCGAAUCAUCAUCAUCAUCAUCAUCAUCAUCAUCUUCGAAACUCAACGUCACGAUGGACGACUUCACCAGGGCCAUGCGCGAGGUGCGACCGGCGAUGGGCGCCGACGAGGAAGCGCUCGCGUCCAUGCGGCCGUUGGGCGUGCUGUGUUCGUGCACGACGGGGUCCUCGGAGGUGUCGCCGCACAAGCGCGCGAGGGACGCGAUCGGCCCGCUGCUCCGCGCGGUGGCGCGUCGUCGUCCGCGCGAUGACCCGAACGCCGCCGCGAACGAGGGCGGUUCGAGUUCGAGUGAGAGUUCGAGAAGUCGAGGGGUGGGCGAUGCUGGGCCGGAUCACCUCGCGAUUUUGGUGCACGGUCCCCCGGGCUCGGGCAAGUCCGCGGCUGUCGCCGCCGCCGCGCAGAGGGGCGACGGCGAGGACCAGGAGGGCGACUUACUCUUCCCGCACGUCAGGGUGUUCAGGGCGGACGCGGUGGCGGCGUCCGGGGGGGACGUGGAGCACGCGCUGCGAACGGCGUUUGACGACGCGGUCAAGUCUAACCUCUCGCUGCUCGUCGUCGACGGACUGGAGACGCUCUUGGGGGUCGCCCCGGGGGACGCGGCGCCCGCGGGGGAGUCGCGGACGGCGCCAGAGACGGCGAGGGCGCUCCUCGCGUUGCUGCGCAGGCCACCGCCCCCGGGAAGGCGGCUCGCGGUGGUCGCCACGACGUCCUCGCCGCGCGCGCUUGACGCGUUGGGCCUCACGUCGGCGUUUCACGCGAGCGUCGAGGUGCCGGCGCUGUCGCCGGUGGAGGUGGUGAACGUGCUCCGCGCGUGCGGUGCGUUCGAGGGUUCGAGUCCCGGCGACGUCGUCGCCAACCCGCGCGGCGGGGGGCUCGUCGGUCACGACGCGGUGCUCGAUCCCGCGGCGAGAGCGGCGGCUUUAGUAGUCGGCGAAGCAAACGGUGCAAACGGCGUCGGCGUUCGAACGAUUUUGCGCGCGGUGAACCUGGCCCGGGCGCUGGCGGAUGGCGGCGGGGAGACGGCGUUAGGUAAGGCGCGGGGGCUGGAUCCGGACGGCGACGCGUGGAGGACCGCGCUGGCUCGCGUGGGGCUGCUGGGAUGACGGUUUGUUUGCGGCGACUUAUUUUACAGAAAAGAAUGCG